GCGGCGGUCGCGCGCCCCCCCGCCCGCUUCCUGCCGCGCCCGCCCCGCCCGAGCAGCGGCCGCAGCCCCGGCCGGGCCCAGCGGGGAGAUGAACACCGUGCUGUCCCGGGCCAACUCGCUCUUCGCCUUCUCGCUGAGCGUGAUGGCGGCGCUCACCUUUGGCUGCUUCAUCACCACCGCCUUCAAGGAGCGCAGCGUGCCCGUCCGCAUCGCCGUCUCCCGGGUCACGCUAAAAAAUGUAGAAGAUUUCACUGGACCUAGAGAAAGAAGUGAUCUGGGAUUCGUCACAUUUGAUAUUACGGCAGAUCUGCAGAGUAUAUUUGAUUGGAAUGUUAAACAGUUGUUUCUAUAUUUGUCUGCAGAAUAUUCAACGAAAAACAAUGCCCUAAAUCAGGUGGUCCUCUGGGACAAGAUCAUGUUGAGAGGAGAUAACCCAAGGCUGUCCUUAAAAGACAUGAAGUCAAAGUACUUUUUCUUUGAUGAUGGAAAUGGUCUCAAGGGAAACAGGAAUAUCACCUUGACUCUCUCCUGGAAUGUUGUACCAAAUGCUGGCAUUCUACCUCUUGUAACAGGAUCAGGACAUGUGUCUGUACCUUUCCCAGAUACCUAUGAAACAACAAAAAGUUAUUAAAUUAUAAUACUGAAUCAUAAGCAAAAUAUUUUUAUACUUGUAUAUUGUGGAUACAUUUUAUGGCAGUUUCUUCUUGCAUCCUGUGCAACUUUUCACUGAAUGGAACUUAAUUUCCUCAGGAUAGUAGCAUAGGAAAAGGAAAUGAAAAUUCAGUUGUUGGGGUUUUAUUGGUUUUGUUUUUUUUUUUUUUUAAGUAAAACAUUGAAGCUGAAACUUAAGGGAAAGGUAAAUUUUGCAGAGUAAUGGUUUUGAGGGGGAAACUGAGGAUUUUUUUUCCUGGCCAUUUAAGUAUAGAUCUCCUUUUCUUUUAAAUAAAUAUUUUUAAACCAGAAGAUAGUCUUCCUGUGUUUGGACUUUCUAAGUACUGUGAUAGUUAUUUAUUUUAUGUAGAACUCAUAUAUAUCUUCUGGAGUUGGUUUCUGGAAGUGUGAAGGAAACAGCUGUUCCAUUUUAGGGUAUUUUUUUAAAUCCAUGUGCAGUAUGUUACAGUAGGCUAAGCUUGGUCCUUUCUAGGACUGCCAGCAGCUACUUGGAAAACUGAUAGUUCAUUAUCUGUCAGUCAGCCUCAAAUCUUGAGUGCCACUGAUAUAGCCCACAUUCAGUUCUGUAUUACAAAUCAUUUUAAUAACUGCUUGCAAUGCAGCAAACUGGAAGAAUAAAAAGAAAUCUAAUCAC